CAACAUUUUGGAUUUCCAGUGGAAAACAAAAACGGUGAAAGAAUAACAGACAAGACAAAGACAAUAUGUAAACAUUGUAAGAAAUUAAUGCCAUACACCUCUGCUAACACGACCACCAUGCAGAAGCACAUCGAAAAGAACCACAGCGAUUUACAGAAAGCUGCGAAAACGGAGAGCAAUUUAGUUCGCAUGAAAGGGCAAACAACGAUAGCAAAUGCCUUUGCAGCUAAACUUCCAACGUCAAGUGCAAGAGCCACCGCAAUAACGAGAGACAUCGGCGUUUUUAUUGCUGCUGAUAUGAGGCCAUUUUCUGUGGUGGAAAAUCUGGGAUUUCGGCGGCUCAUCCGCACACUGGAACCAAAGUACGCCAUUCCGUCGCGCACACAUUUUACGCGCACGGUGGUCCCAACCCUCUACAACGAGUGCAAGGUGAACGUUGUACAGACACUUAAAGAUGCAGAAACCAUUGCCUUAACUACUGAUGGCUGGACUUCUAGGUGUACACAGAGCUAUAUCACAAUUACAGCCCACACGAUCAACAGUAAAUGGGAAAUGGUAAAUUUUGUACUGCAGACUCGCCCACAUUACGAAUCCCACACAGGAGCGAACAUCGCUGAAGUUUUACAAGCAGCUGUCACUGACUGGAAUCUUAGAAAGCCAAACCACACCAUCGCUAUUGUGACAGAUAAUGCGCGUAAUAUGGAUGUGGCUGUGCGCGAGGCAGGAUUUGAGCCCCACAUCAAAUGCUUUGCACAUACAAUAAACCUUGCUACCCAGGCUGGCCUCGGUGUUGCGCGCGUAGCUCGUUUGCUCGGGCGGGUGAGACGUGUAACUGCUUUUUUCCACCGGAGUUCUACGGCUGCCGCGUCAUUGACGUCUAAGCAGAAGCUGCUAGAACUGCCACAACACAAAUUAAUAAUGGACGUCACUACGCGAUGGAACUCAACUUUGGAUAUGCUCGUUCGUUACCUGGAGCAGCAAGCUGCCAUAGCAGCAGCGCUCACCGGCCCAGAGGUAAGACAGCAUGCCCGUAACAUUGAUACACUGGAUACCUGCGACAUCGUGAAUGCCGAAGACCUUGUAAAGCUUCUGAAUCCUUUAAAGACAGCUACCACAGUCUUGUGUGAAGAGAAGACUCCCACAGUUUCUCUCAUUGUACCAUUAAAGAACAUGAUUGAACAAAGCAUGGCACCAAAUGACAGCGAUUCCCCCACUGUGACUGACGUCAAGAGAGCAAUCCUCACUAAUAUUUCAGGGAGAUACAGUGGGGAUGUAUAUAACUACCUGCUAGAAAGCACAGCGCUGGACCCGAGAUUCCAGACUUUACCUCAGCUAGACCAUGACCAGCGCGAGGCUGUCUUCCAGAGUAUAAAGAAAAGGAUUGAACAGUUGCUGCAAAAUCAGCCCACAGAUGAGACAUCAGCUCACUGUUCCACACACUGGAGAGAUGGAGCUCUUGGAGCUGAGGGUGGAGCUGAGGGUGGACCUGAGUCAGAAGAGACAGAACCUGCUACCAAGAAGACUGCACUUGAGGAUCUGCUAGGGGAUGCUUUCUCUAAGACAGAACAGUCCAGCAAAGGGAUUGAGAGGGAAAUUGAACUUUACAGAAGAGAGCCAUCUAUCUCACUCAGUUGUUGCCCCCUUAAGUGGUGGAGAGAAAACAGCUCCAAAUAUCCUUUGCUGUCUCCACUUGUCAAAGCAUAUUUUUCCAUCCCUGCUACCUCUGUUCCAAGUGAACGUGUCUCUUCAACUGCAGGAGACAUAGUUACUGCCCAGAGGUCACAAUUGUUGCCAGAAAAUGUUGAUAUGCUAAUAUUCUUAAAAAAGAACAUGUCCUUAUCCUAGGCUGUUUUGUGUAUUUAAAGGAGUAGUUCACCCAAAAAUGGUCCCCAUUGACUUGACCAUAGUAAUAUUUUUCCUACUAUGAGAAGUCAGUGGGUCCCAUUUUAAGAGUGGACUACUCCUCUAAUCUUGUAGCUGUUUUUCAUGCUUGAAGAAACAAAUGUUCAGUAUUUCUUUGCACUUUAAGUUUUAAUACAGCACUACUGGUUACAGUAUGGUUGCUGAUAUUUGUGCAGGUAUAUUUGUUAUUUAUUUUUAUUUAUUCUGUAAACAAUUUUUGUUGCACUUUAAGUUUUAAUACAGCACUACUGGUUACAGUAUGGUUGCUGAUAUUUGUGCAGGUAUAUUCGUUAUUUAUUUUUAUUUAUACUGUUUACAAUUUUUGUGCAAUUACUUGCCUGUGAUUUUGUGGCAAAACAUUUUGCAGUGUUUACUGUUAUUAUUACUGCAGCAUUAGUGCAUAAUAUACUUUAUUAAAAA